GGUCAACAGUCAACAUGUUUUCAUUAAAAAAACUUUCAAUUUGAAUAACUUUUUAUAAUUUCUGUGAAAAAAGAUAACUUUAAGCCUUAUUCCCUGAAUAUUCCACACAAGCUCCACACUGAAGAGUGUGACCAAAAAUGAUUGUAUUUUUGAAUUUUAUAAGUCAUGCAGUUGUUACACCAAAGAGUGAGACGUUCCGUGUAUUGUGACUCCAGAGGGCGCUGUUGUUCGUGUAUGUCUUAACUUGCUCUUAAAGCCCCACUGACAGUUGCUGGGCUAAAAACAGAUGAUGCUGUUUUUUAACCUCUGUCUAAAAAUGUGAAAAAACAUUAACGUAAAAAACGUUUUAAGUUAUAAAAUAAAACAGUUACUGUUCUGACCUUUUAGACUUUAAAAUGGACUGUUGACAUCUAAAGGUUCCCAGAAAUCCAGAUUGUUACAAUUCUGAUGGACAUUAUCAGAAAACAUAGUCAUAAUCUGAGUUAACUGUUAACAUAAGAAGUGCUUCUGGUCAGAGCAGUGGUCAAAUGUUUUUUAGACAUGAAUCUGACACUGGGAAGUCACAUGUAGGACCUGAUAUGAAUUGAUGUUCAAACAGUUUUAUUCAGUUUACAGUUUUUCUCAUUUCCUGAUAAGAGCUUUCACAGCAUGUUAUUGACUAUAUUUUAUAAAAGCCUCGUGCUGGCUCAACUAAAGAGGAGUGAAAAUCACUCUAGUAAAAUGUCAAGUUCGGGUUGUCAUGUUAGCAUACUGGUAUCUGUUAGCAUAAAGAUUAGAUGUUUCUAGUGAUUGAGGUUAGCUUCAAGUAACUGCAAGUAUAGAUGUCAUUAAUUGUUUUCUAAUAACUGGAAACUUGUGUCAUACCUAAUUUGUUUUCUGGGUAAAUUGCACAGGGUAGCAUGAUUUAGUAGUAAGUUACAUUCUGGAGCACAGAAUGUUUUGCUCCAGAUGUUUGCUACAUUGGGUUGGGCUGUAGUUUGGAGUCUGUUUUCUGAAAUGUAGGCCAAAUGAUUCUCGAAUCAGGGGCUUUGAGUGGAGUGUGACACAGUAAACCUAAUCAGCCUCUCCUGAGUGGCUUCGACUCUCUUGCUCUCUACUGUAUACACAAAAACUGACAGAAACAGAUCAGAUCCUAUCUUCAGACGAGGUCAAUCACUCAGUGCAGUGAUUGUCAGUUUAUUGGACUUUCUAUCAUUGUUUCUCCUGAUAUGGUCUUUGCAACACACAUGGUCCUGAGGUUUACAUUUUGAUAACGUCUUAGUGAAUCUGGUUACGUGUAAAACAAACACUACAUGGUCAGAAGUAUUCAUUUGUCUGCCAUCAGACAUGAAUUUGAGCAAAAUCCCAUUCUGAAUUCAUAGGAUUUAAAAUGAUGAUGGCCCAACUUCAGUUGAGUUGAAUUUUUGUCUGGAUUUCUUCCAAUAGCGUCCGCUUUGUUAUAAACCACUGACAGUUGACUGGAAUAUUUAGCAGUGAGGAAAUUUCAUGAUCGGUGGCAUCCAAUCAUGUUAUCACACUGGAAUUCCUCAGAUUUCUAAGGAAAACAUUUUGUUUCACAAAUGUUUCUAAAGGUACUGUGCCUGUUUAGUUCCUAGAUUUUAUGUUGAUGUGUCAACUGGAGUGACUGGACCAGCUGAAUUCAAAGAUUGAAUAUUUUUGACAAACUUCCCCGGCUGGUGAAACAGAUUCUUUGUUGAGCAUUCAAACAUUUUUACCAAGUCAGUUAAAAAUCGCAACACAAUCACCAUCAACAAUCAGUAUAUUGUCCAAUAUGUUGUUUUAUUUAAUUUUUUUUUUCUCAAUCAACAUGUUGAAAAUGCCCGAUUUUAAAUCGGCGCGGUCCCGACGUUCUACACCACACUGCAGGAUGAUCGGUUACGAUUAUGGCGAGCCGCACUCGGAACUAAGGGGAAAAUCAGAGCAAAAAAUGUAAAAUUAUGCCAUGUGAACUAGGCUUUAGAGGGCACAUGCCUGUCUGGCGGUUCACCCUCCACCAACCCCUCCUACCGGGCCGCAGUAAAAUUGCCACGCCUUGACCGGUCCGCGGUGAUAAAAAGGUUGGGGACCACUGUUUUACACUGUUUACAAAUUGCAUAUGCUUUCUCCUUGCAGUUUUUUUUAUUUAGUUUAUAUUCUUAGAAGGAUUUCAAGAACCUACUUACAUAUUUAUGACCCCAACUUAGGUAUAUGUGAGACAAAUAGGACCUAGCGUUAGUAUGAACUUAAGUUAACUUCAAAUGAAGGAAAUAAAAGGCAUUGUGCAGAAAAUACUUUUUUAAUGGCCAUAUAAUUUACUACCUACAUGCUGUAAUUCAUUUCUAUUUGCAAAUCAAUGAGAAAUCUAAAUGUAGAAAAAUACACUUAAUGAUGAUCAUAUUUGCAGCAACCGGCUAACAUGUUUACAGUGAUUGCAAAUUCUCAGUGCAGAGCAAAUGAUGAAACAUGAAACACCAAUGUGCAAAUUAUUACUGAUGUUCAGCCAGAGCCCAUUUUUUCCUUGGCAGCUCUCCUUUUCUGCCGUGAACUUCACCAUGGAGAUGGAAUGUGAUGUGCAAUGAAGAUUUGCUUAAAUUAGACAAAUAAAUUCAAUUUUAUAGACUCCCGCUUGCCAAGGUGUAUUAUUGUCAGACAAUAACUGUCAUGACCAGUUAGUCUGCUCGUGUCAAACUGGAAACACUGGCGGAAGUCUGAGCUUCUGUCCCGCAGUUUGAAACGUAUGCUGCUGGAUUUUAAGCUUUCUAAACUUUAUUCCAAUAAUAACGAUGGUAUGAUAAAUUUUUACUUUAAUUUUAAUCUGGCUGCAUGUGCUGCUAAUUGUUUUGUCAUAUGUUCAUUUAUAAUCUAGCCUGACUAUAAAUAGUAAAAUUCAGUAUAAUUUAUAAAAUUAUGGUAAAGUGUUGAAAUAUAUUUAAGUAACAACAAAUGCUUCACUAUUUCUCUCAGAUUGGAUUUACUUUGCCUUGUAAAUAUUUUUAUACCUAUGGAACCUUUAAACAUUUUGUCACAUUAUAAUGAAAAACUUCAGUGCAUUUUAUUGGGAUUUUCUGUGAUACACCAACACAAAGUAAUGUGCAAUAAGGUAGAAGAAAACAGUGAUUAAUUUAAACCCUUUUUACAAAUAAAAGUCUGUGAAAUGUGCAGCUGCAGGUUUUUUGUGGGGGAGAGGGUAUGACUCUACCAGAUUUUAACAUUUAGAGACUGAAAUCUGGAUAGACAACAUCUGUAACACGUCUGUCUAUUUCAAGUUAUUCUUAAAAAAUGUUGAUUUAAAUACAGGUAGGUAUAUUUAGUGGUGUUGUUCUGAUGGAAGCUGAACUCCUGCCACGGACUCAAGUCUGUUGGAGCCUCUAAUGUGUUUGUUUCCUUCCAAUAAUGCAACAUAUGUAGCUUUAAAAAGUUUCCAGGCUACAUGGUGGUGCAGCUGCUAGCACUAUGGAUGCUUUGCAGGGUCAUUCUUCUUCCUCACAAACAGAUGCAUGUUAGGCUAAUCAGCAUCUCUAAAUUGCCCUCAGGAGUGAGAGUGCUUUUAUACGCGUGUGUGUCUCUUUGUCACCAUGUGAUGGACUUUCGCCCUGCUGUCUUCCUUGGUCUUUAUGAUGCUGUUUUAUUAAUAUUCUGGAUUAUGGUGAGAUUAAAUUACACGCAGCUGGGCUCUAUUUGCAAAUCAGGAUGUUGAAUACAUGUGCGAUGUGAGUAAAUGUGAAAAAGUUCAGGAAGUGUGAUGCAUUUUGCAAGGUGCUGCCAUCUUAAUCACUUUGUCAUGUUUAAAUUACCCACAUAAAGUGCAUUAAAGUCUGAACAUUUCUGGAAAUAUGAUUAAGCAGGUAGUAAGACUUUUGUUAUAAUUAAAUAGGAAAAAUAAUUAAAAGUCUUUGCUAAGUCUGAGAACAUUAAACUUCAAUUAACACAGUAAUUGAGUUUAAGUAUUAGAUCAUUAUGUUUGGGUUUAAGUAUAAGAUAAACUUUGGUAUUAUAACUUGUUUUCUGUCUCAUGAACUUCAAGAAACAAAAUGGAAAACUGUGUCUUCUUUAGAGUCGUUAAUGGAGUUCAGAGUUGGGGGUGAAAGACUUCCAUUUUCUUCCGCUUUGGUCCACUUGUGCACUGGACAGAACCGCUGCAUGACCGAUCCAGACUGUUAGGAAACAUUAGAAUACAAUGAGAGAAGCCUCUGCGCUCCGAACAGAACCACAGCUGAGGAAAUGGGCCCAGUGUGCAGGCGGCGUCCCGAUGGUUUCUUAUUGUUAUCUAACGGGAUCAGAGCGCGCCUUCAAAGCGGGGCAGGUAAAGUUCGCCAAAAGGCUGAAUGGGCCUUUUGGCCGUCCUGGGCUCCUCCCUAGACGGCAGCAGAUCGCCGAUAAAAGAAAACCAGACCUGGCCUCUUCUCUGCUCUGGAGCAUAGCUACAGGUUGAGCUCAGUGACACUCAGGGAAUCCUUCACGGCUCUGGGAAAAGAUGGAAAACUGUCCUGGGAUUUGUUUGGCACAUCCAAAGCAUGAUUUCAGUCUGCUUUACAGAUUAGUCAGAGAGAAAAAAGUUUGUUUAAAUCAUUGAAGCUUGUGAAGCUCUGAGUGCUUUUUUUCUGUUGCCCCGCCUGGGCUCGGAAAAGCUUGUUUUAUCGUCUUUACACACGAACGCAGCGACAAUCAAGCGUAAUUGUGUUGCUACUGUAAUGCCUUUGAUCUCUUUAAAGUUUGGAGCGCCUGUGCCAAACGCUGGUGGUUGAGUAGCUGGCGCCGACGCACACCGACGGGGAUUGAAGCAUGUCGAUGCAGAAACCCACUGGAGGGUUGAUUCCCACUUGAUUGCACAAACUUCACCGGGAAUGCGCUAAAAAUAAACUGUGAUGAAUUUUCCAGACAAGCCAAGUAUGAAGUAACUUGACAAAUUAGAUUUUUUGCGUAUAUUUUAGAAGACGAAACUUUUUUUCUUAUUUCUAUUUCUUACUAAAAAAGUGUCUAAUUUUACUUGAAUAUGGUCAAAAGAAGUGAAGACACUGAUUAUACACUGACAAAACAAAAAAUGUUUGCUGCAACUUGUAUGAUUCUGUUUCUGAUCAUUUUCAAUCACGUUUCUAAGUGGAUAUGAUGUAAUCAGAACAGCUUUUCCCUCAUUUUGAAAUGUAAUUAUUUUUUUUUAAAUAAUAAAUUCAGAAUAUUUCAAAUAUAGUGUUUCUCAAAAUAGCUAGCUUCUAAUCUUAUGUUGUUUUAAACUUUACACACAACAGACAACAUAUCACAAUUUAUAUUUUAUUAAUUAAAUGGAGAAACGAGAUAUUUGCAGCAGUAUUUCUCAGUCUAGAAUCCCUCCCUUUGUAUGCUCAGAUAGAUUAAAAGCUUCAUGGAUGUAGUCAUUUAUGUUCACAAACAUGAUUCAGAGAAUCCUCUGAGGAAUAACAAAUGCCUCUGCUGGUUCCUCCUCAACAAGAGAACCAAACCUAACGAGCACCAGGGAGGAGGCAGGAGGCAGGCAGCUGAAAAGAAAAACUUUUACCUUAGGAAAUUCAAAAACGUUGGUACAGAGAAAACUGCAGAGAUGGGAGAAAUGCCUGACAAAACACAUGGGGAAGCAGAGAGUCAAACGCUCCAUGGCAAAACUCCAAACCAAAGUCCCAGAGAUCAUGACAGGAUUUGACUUUAAAGUCUGUGUUAACAUUGGGCUGCAUAUGAGAAAUAAAAAUAUAGAAGAUGUAUUUAGUGGACUGAAGAAUAUGUAGGAAACAGAUUCAACCAAAACAUAUACAAAAUUAAUUAAAUUUGUCAAGUUAAUCAUCAAAAAUUUUUGAGCCAUUUCUCAUGACGACAAUGCCUUUUUUAAAUGCAAUCAAUGUUACAUUUGAGCAGUCAAAUUGCAAUCAACUCUUUAGUUGCUGAUUUAUUUCCAGUUGUCUGUCCGACCCAAGAACCAGCAUUUGGUACCAGAGCUUCAAAUACACUUAAAAUAUUAACUCAUGUUUUAUUAAGUACAAAUAAAACUGAAUGUUUAUGAUAUCAUUCACUCCAGCAACUAAAUUAAUUACCCUAUUUGUCAUUUAAUUGAUUUUUUUAAAGUAAUUACAAUUUGAAAAUGAGUGAAAAUGUAAUGUUUUUAAGUGUCUUUGAAUUGUUAAAUUUCUGAAUAAAAUCUGCCCAAACCCAAACAGUUUCACUGAUUGAGAUUCUAGCAGUUUGGUUUUACAGUGCAGGCUAAAGUGGAAGCCUGUGGGAAGUGAGUGUUACAAUCUGAAUUUUAAAGUGGCAACUGUUUCAGUCAUUUUAAUGGCGAGUGCUUAAUCCCCUCGGCUUGCCUUUUCUAGUGUACAAAUUGUAAAAUACCUGAUCAAAGUGGGAGCUUGUGGAAAGUAAACGUCCAAAUUUGUAACCUUUAAAGAACAGCUGCCUCAGUCAGAGGAUAAUUAGAUUCAGUGAGACAGAGUCUUUAAAUCCUGUCCUCUGGAACUCUCCAGACGUCGCGGACUCGGUGGCGCCAGGUCUUCACACGCUCACAGGAUAUGUAAAGACUUCAAUAACGAGCCAUUAUCCCCCAAUCAUCGGGAUUGAUCGGGCGUUAACAAGGGGCUCUACAUAUGCAAAUGGCGGCGAGUGUCCGGGGCAGCUAUAAAAGCUUGGCUGCAGGCCGGGGAGCUCACAGCACGCUCUCCUGUGACAUUUGGUGGAUUUACAGGCCAUUGGGCAGCAGCACCGUGGACAUGGUGAAAUACUUUUCGGUGGACUGGUUGGCGCAGAGCCACAACAGCGGCGCAGCGAAGGAGGGGCAAAGAGCUUCCCGUGCGCACAGACCCCAUGUUCUCUGCAUGGUGCAGCCGAGCGCACCGGCUUUUGGUAAAGGUUACCUGCAGCCGAAACCCAAGUCGUCAAAGGCCGCUAAGCAGGGAGGGUCAGAUGAGGUCAGAGAACCGCAGAGCUCCGGCGUCGGCUCACCUUUGCAUCCAGCAGACUGCUCCUCUCCAAUUUUUGAAAUGAGCGGGUAUUCCUCCGGGUACGAGAGCGAAGCGGCUUCCUCCGAGUGUCCCUCAGCGGAUGGAGGGAAUGAUGCGGAGAAAGACGCACCGCAGCGCCGAGUGCGCACCAAGUUCACUCCGGAGCAGAUCAGCAGGCUGGAAAAGAUCUUCAGCAAACACAAAUACCUGGACGCGGGGGAGAGGGUGAAGACGGCACAGAAGCUGAACCUCACAGAAACUCAGGUCAGGACUUGGUUCCAGAACAGGCGGAUGAAGCUGAAACGGGAAGUCCAGGACUACCUCGCACCCCAGGUGUCCUUCCAGCCUCUGCACCCGGUUCAGUACCACGCCAUGGCCGCGCACCAGGCCCACUACAGCGCAUCCGGCCGCGGCCUUUACCCGCUGCCCGUCUCGCAGCUGGUCCUGGCGCAGCAGCUGACUCCUCACCCCGCGCCUCAGCUCAUGAUCCGGCAUCCACAUUUCUACUGAACAAACUCACAAGAGACUCUUCAUUCCGACAGAGACACUUAUAAUCCCAAAACGUGCUAUCCGAUUUGUGAGGAUUUUGUACAGAUUUUGUAUAAUUCCAAAUAUAUCUAUUUAUGAUAAUUGAAUAAAGUUAUUCAUCUAUAUUGAA